GUUGGAGAGGAAUAUCUGUGUGGAUUCUGUGGGCGUUCAGAAUGGCCCGAGUGCGCCAUCACAAUCACAGUUACUGCAAGCAGUGCACCUACCUGGACGACACAAUGUACAUAUCAGCACACCUUCAAAUACGGAGCUGUCGACAACGGAUCGAAAAACAAGCCUUGCCGAAACCUCCCUCUCAAAUGCACACUGUGCCAUCCAGCACCUGUCCUCGCUGUUGAAGCUAUCUGGCGCUACAACAUGCUGGAGCAUAUAAUGAAAGAACAUGAGGAAUACUCAGUUCCUGGAUGGAGAUCAGAGGGUGUCGAGCUGCCU